AUCUAUCAUAUAUUUUCUUAAUUCAUAAAAAAAUCUCUCUCCAUCCAUCACACUCACAUCACCCAAAUCUCACAAACACCACUUCACCACCGUCACGCAUGGCGGAGCUCCGCCACUCGUUAUCAGUGGGCAGCCGAACGACGCCGUCUCCACACGAAGGCACCACACCACUAACAGCCCCAGGCAACAUUUCCAACGACGUUGGCCGUGACCGUCACUCUAGAGAUCGCUUCCGCUUCUUUUUCGUGAAUGACGAGACUAGGUUAACUCAUUCUCAUUUUCUGAGCUCCAAGAUCUCUGUUUUCCUGCUUGUUGCGAUAAUGCUGGCUGCGUUGGUCUCCUUGUCGUCGCUCGUUGAUCGAUUAAGUGCUCCAUACCUGUGCAUUAAAGAUGGCAUUGCUCUUCGGUGUCCACGAGUUAAGGAGCCUCCUUCAUUGUGGGAGAAUCCUCAUUCAGCCACGACUUCAUGGAAGCCAUGUGCUGAGCGACGUGUUGAUGCAAUAGCAGAUCUUCCAUCCGCGAAUGAAACAAAUGGCUAUAUAUUUAUACAUGCAGAGGGUGGGCUAAACCAGCAACGAAUUGCUAUAUGUAAUGCUGUUGCUGUGGCCAAAAUAAUGAAUGCCACACUUAUUUUGCCAGUGUUAAAGCAGGAUCAGAUUUGGAAAGACCAAACAAAAUUUGAAGAUAUAUUUGAUGUCGAUCAUUUUAUUGAUUACUUAAAGGAUGAUGUGCAAAUUGUACGGGAUAUUCCCGAGUGGUUCACCGACAAGUCAGAGCUAUUCACCAGUAUAAGACGGACUGUGAAAAACAUUCCCAAGUACGCACCUGCACAGUUCUAUAUUGACAAUGUACUACCCCGUAUUAAGGAAAAGAAGAUUAUGUCCCUAAAACCAUUUGUUGACCGUCUUGGGUAUGAUAAUGUUCCUCCUGAAAUCAACAAGUUGAGGUGCAAGGUGAAUUAUCACGCUUUGCAGUUUCUUCCCAAGAUUCAGCAGAUGGCCGAUCAACUUGUGUCUAGAAUGAGGAACCGUACAGCCAGUACCAAUCCUUUCAUGGCUCUACAUCUUAGGUUUGAGAAAGGGAUGGUAGGAUUGUCAUUCUGUGAUUUUGUGGCGACAAGGUUGGAGAAAGUUUUAAUGGGGAUGUACAGAAAGAAAGAAUGGCCUCGACGGUACAAGGAUGGUUCGCAUUUGUGGUCAUUAGCCCUGCAAAAGAGAAAGGAAGGUCGAUGCCCUCUUGAGCCUGGUGAAGUGGCUGUGAUGCUUCGAGCAAUGGGCUAUCCUAAAGAAACUCAAAUAUAUGUUGCUUCUGGGCAGGUUCAUGGAGGGCAAAACCGAAUGGCUCCAUUGCGUAACAUGUUCCCAAAUCUUGUCACAAAGGAAGAGUUAGCUGCAAAGGAGGAGUUGGAUGAAUUUAGGAAGCACGUAACAAGCCUAGCUGCCCUUGAUUUCUUGGUUUGCUUGAAGUCUGAUGUUUUCGUGAUGACUCAUGGCGGCAAUUUUGCUAAACUUAUUAUUGGUGCCCGUAGGUACAUGGGUCACAGCCAGAAGUCCAUCAAACCCGAUAAGGGGCUAUUAUCAAAAUCUUUAGGGGACCCCUAUAUGGGCUGGGCGACCUUUGUAGAUGAUGUAGUUGUUACACACCAAACACGAACUGGAUUGCCAGAGGAAACUUUCCCCAACUAUGACAUAUGGGAAAAUCCAUUGACACCUUGCAUGUGCAGGACGUGACAUAUAUAUAGUUGCUUUUGUUGCUAAACCUGCCCCAGGGAUAGUUAGAAGAGAGUGUUCCUUCAUCACUUAGUUCGUGUGCCCUUUGACUUGCAAAAGAUUGAAGCAAUUCUCCCAGCUCAUUUUUUUGGACUGAACUUGCGUGGAUGCUAAUCUACUCUAUACCUCUGGUGGAUUAAAUUUCUUGGUGCUCCAGAAGUAUGGACUAUGGAGAAGAAUGCGUGUGGGCUACUACCUGCUUAUAAAGUCAUAAAGUAUUCCAUUAUAGAUAAUGAAGUGACGCAGUUCACUCUUGUAUUCUGAACAAGGCUUAUUCUCGCACAUUAUAAUUAUCGAUGUAAAUUAUUAAUUAAGUUAUACAAGUGAAGUGCGGUGUGUGCAUCUACCUUGGGUAUUAAUUAUCCUUGAGAAUGGAUCGAAAAGUGAGAUCUCUACAUAAAUAAUCUUUUUUGUAAUUUGUUAAACGAUUUUGAUGAAUAUAUAUUUGUCUAGAGUUCUGCA